GACGACUUCGGGGCACUGGACACUGGCCAAGAUGAACAACACAACAGUCAACGAGUCGUGUCUGCUACCCGACGGGGACCAGCCCACGGGUCUCACCGCUCCGAUGCGCUACUUUCUGGCCGCCGCGCUCCUGCUGGCGUCGUUCGUGGGAGUGGUUGGCAACAGCAUGGUCAUCGCCGCAAACGUCAUGGAGAAAAAGAUACGCAGCUCGACGAAUUUUUUCCUGGCAAACAUGGCGACGGCAGACCUGAUGACGUCACUGAUCUGUGACUCGUGCCUGUCGCUCGCCUGGUUCUACCCCGCCUUCAAACCCAGCUGCGUGUUCCGGGACGUCAUGGGGUUUGUCUACUUCUUCAGCGUAGACUUGUCUGUGUUAAACUCUGGUCUGGUAGCCUGGAACCGCUAUGUGUUGAUAACGAAGCCACUGCAGACAUACAAUAUGUUGUUUACUCCCACUAAGAUCACAAUCUACUGUAUCACAUCCUGGAUUUCGACCUUUCUGAUGAUCCUACUGGUUUUUGCUUAUUUCCGCCGCCUGGCCCGCCCUUCCUACAUCCUCAUAUCCGUCCCCGCUGCUGACAUGUCAGACAUGGUCUUUUUCGUGGUCAACAUCGUCGAGAUUAUCAUCCUGGUGGUCGCACCAAUCCUCCUCAGUCUGUUUUUCUACAUCGCCAUAUUUCUCAAAAUUCGCAAAGUGAAGGAAAGAGUAAAAGCCCACGCCGCGCCCAAUCCCAACGCGAAAAAGCUCUACCGUCCCUCGCGAAAAGUAGUGAGAGAGAUCACCAGCUAUCUGUUCGUUCUUUUCCUUGUCCUGCUUGUCUGUUCCACCCCUAUUUCCAUAACCCAGUACGUCCACGUCCUGGUGACUCCUGUUCACCCGGACAUCCAGAAUCUGACCCUGGUGCUGGCCAUGAUCAACAGCUCGAUCAACCCGAUCAUCCACACCAUCAAAAGCCAGGACUACAGAAACGUCUUUAAGAAAAUCAUCAGAAGUGGGUGCCUGAACGAUUGAUUCUGUGCGUCUGUAGUUUAUGGUGGGAUGACAGAUGAUGGCAUUUGUUAGCAAGCAAAAUUCCCCACAACGGUCGGCAUGAUACAUAAAGACAUAACCUUUUUUCCUUGAUAAUGCAACAUGUAUGUAUUGAUUCACCCGCCAACCAGGGGAUCACGGUAUGUCCCCUGUGAAUAGUGUCAUUACUUUUUCACUGAUAAAAAAAUCAACGUCUUGGCGGAAAAUUGAACGCAUCAGGUCAGCAUUCAUGUCACCAUUCUUCAUUCCCUCCCAUCCCAUCCCAUCUUCGUACCACUGACAACCCCCUGGUCGCACCAGCUUUCAUUACAUCUCAACCCAUUUCACCGAAAUCAGAUCAGGAAAAUCUGAAUAUGAUCAUAUCACGAGCCAGUUUGAAUACGUUUCUUCUUUCUUCACCUGCGUCAUUGCACCGUCACCCGAUGACUUUGAAAGACCAUGUCACGAUAUUUCAGCAGCUUGCCUGUCUCUGUGAUACGUAUAGUAAUAUCUGCAUAUGUCAUUUAAUACUCCAAAUUUUCGUGCCCUGUAUUGUACGUACUGUACUGCAUUGUAUCAAAUAGUAGCCUUUCUGUGUGUUACAUAUAUACGUGAUAGCAAUUGUAAGAAGUUAACAUUUAUCUAGUCUACGAGGAGAAUUAAGAAGCUGUAGAGACGGAAGUUCAUUACAUGCAGGUGGCGUGCGAAGAAUUAGUACAUUCAUCUGAUAUUACUAUAAAGUAACGUCAUGUCAACAUGUUAAAUCCUAGCAGUUCCAUGUGUGCCAAUUUGCAUGCAAAGAACUACUAUCUGUACAGACUGUUAAUUCUCUCGAGUCUUUACCUUCGAUGUGUAAGUAUCAUACAUAAGUAUCAUUAGCCUAGUUAAUCAGAUACACACUUUUCUGGAAGGUAUAUCAUUGGAAGUGAUCGUAUGAAGUUACGUAUAAUUGUCAAAGACAGGUCGAUAACAGACCAGAUCGCCCAAAGAGCAAAGGGUCAUUGCUUGUUAUGUAAAC